UUCACUCCCUCUGGGGCACCGGGCAUUGGCCUAUGUCUGAAGACAGGAUACUGGGCUAGAUGCACCUUUGGUCUGACCCAGUAUGGCUGUUCUUAUGUUCUGAAUACAUUUAUGGUAAAUUGUGUGCACAGCUGGGGCUCUGUCUCCCACCUGCACCUUGGACACAUUCCCCCUGCCCCCCCUUGUACCUCCAGCUUCAGCUCCUGCAUCUCCUACAGCCCUAGCCCUUCUCCUGCCCCACCCUCCCCCAUAACAUCCCCCUCCUGCUCCUCACAUCCCCCUCCAGCUCUGCCCUUCCUCCUGGGCCCCCUUUCCUUCUUCACACUCCCCUUCAGCCCCCCAUGCCCCCAAUACACUCUCCCUGUCUGCUCCCCUACUCCUCACACACUCCAACUCCCUCCCCCCCACACACCCCGGCCAUCCUUGCCCCACUUCUCCUCCUACUCCAACCACCCUUUCUCCCCGGGCAGGCUGUUCUGUGGGCCAUUCCGCAGGUCUCCCUCCCACAGGAGCACUCCUGCCUCUCGUGUAUCGCCAGGGGCUCCCUGGCAGGGUCUGGUUGGGUCUGACCUCCCUGCCCCCAAUCUCCCUCCCUCAGGCCUGCACUCCAGGCGCGUAUUGAACACGGUGGUGUCCGAGCCCGGCCCGGGGCUGCCCUGGUUCAGCCGUGUUGGGUACGUGGACGAUCAGGCCAUCUUCGUCUACGCCAGCGGGAUGCAGAGGGUGGAGCCUCGCACGGAUGGCGCAGAACGAGGGUCCGGAGCUCUGGGACUUUCGGCUCCUUUGGUCACGGCGCUGGGAGGCCUGGAUCAACGCGAGUCUGAACACCCUGGCUCAGCUCUACAAUCGGACCGAGGUUACCGCGUCAGUCCCUGGUACAGGCUGUUCAAGCAUUUGCUCCAGAAAUACGUGUUACCUGGGAUGUUAAAUGGGAAGCAUCAGGGAAGCAACUGCAAACGGUACACUUCAGUGCCCCUCAUUGCCAAAGCGCUUCCUCAAAGCCUCCCUCAUGUUAAAAGCAGCCCUCUGUGCUCCUCUGACAGCCCAAGUGUCUGGCUGCUGAAACUCUCCAGCCACCCCUGAACAUUUCACCCUCAGAUUCACAGAGUUUAUGCAAAGUG